UGUUGUAAUUCUGGUAUUGUCAUGGAUCAUAACACUAUACACACUAUGGCAAAUGGUGGAGAUGCAGCGUUUUGACUGCUACCACGAACUUGGACAACAUGCGUUUGGCGAAAAGCUUGGACUCUACAUAGUCGUGCCGCAACAGCUGAUCGUGGAAGUUGGCGUUUGCAUCGUUUAUAUGGUCACAGGAGGCAAAUCUCUAAAGAAAUUUCAUGAACUCGUAUGCGAGGACUGUAAACCAAUCAAACUCACUUACUUCAUUAUGAUUUUUGCAUCCGUACAUUUCGUCCUUUCUCAUCUCCCUAACUUCAACUCCAUAUCCGGCGUUUCUCUCGCUGCCGCGGUUAUGUCCCUCAGCUACUCCACAAUUGCAUGGUCAGCCUCUGCUGCUAAAGGUGUUCAAGAAAAUGUUGAAUACGGUUACAAAGCGAAAUCCGCAGCAGGAACUGUAUUCAACUUCUUCAGCGGGUUAGGCGAAGUAGCGUUUGCAUAUGCAGGCCAUAAUGUUGUCUUAGAAAUCCAAGCCACGAUCCCAUCGACGCCUGAUAAGCCUUCGAAAGGACCAAUGUGGAAAGGAGUCGUCGUUGCUUAUAUUGUCGUCGCACUCUGUUAUUUUCCGGUCGCACUUAUCGGUUAUUGGAUGUUCGGAAAUGAUGUUGACGACAACAUUCUUGGAACACUCAAGAAACCGGUUUGGUUAAUCGCAACCGCAAACAUGUUUGUUGUGAUCCAUGUCAUUGGUAGCUACCAGACCGAAUUGGUUCCUUCGAUUCGUUGUCCGCAAUUUCUACGUUGGUAA